GCGAUCGGCGGAUCACAACUUCCACACAUGUGUGUAGGAGAAAACCAGCCUCAUUGCUGCAAGUCGUUGGGUAUUCCAUUAUAAAGUUGACAUUACUAGCUUUAUUAUCACCGAAUAACUCGUAAUAGCUGCGUGGACAAGAUGGCGGAGAUCGUUCAGCAGCGGAUCGAGGAUAGGGUCCCCGAGUUAGAGCAGCUGGAGAGAGUGGGGCUGUUCACCAAGAAGGAAGUCAAAUCCAUAAUCAAAAGAGCCACAGCUCUUGAAUACAAGCUGCAUAGGUUGAUUGUAAAUAAAGAAGACUUCAUUGCAUACAUCCAGUAUGAAAUCAAUGUGUUAGAGCUGGUCAAGAAGAGAAGAGUGCACAUACAUUACCAGUUCAAAAAAGAGGAGAUCGAGUUCCCAAUCAUCCAUAGAAUAAAUAGUGUCUUUAAAAGAGCAACAAAUAAGUGGAAGGGUGAUGUGCAGCUGUGGCUCUCCCAUGCUGCUUUCUGUAAGAAAUGGGCUACCAAAGGCCAGAUCAGCAAAGUGUUCUCAGCCAUGCUUGCUAUACACCCGGACAAACCAGCCCUGUGGAUCAUGGCAGCCAAGAGUGAGCUGGAGGACAGAAGUUCCUCAGAAAGUGCCAGACACUUGUUUCUGAGGGCUCUGCGCUUCCAUCCAAACAACAAGAAAGUCUACCAGGAGUACUUCCGUAUGGAGCUGCUGCAUUGUGAGAAACUGAGGAAGCAGAAGAACGACCUGGAGACAGCUAAGAUGGACCUGGGGGAAUAUGAGUUUUCUCCAGAGAUUCUGAGUGGCAAACUGGCUGAGGUUGUGUAUAGAGAUGCUACAGGGAAAAUCAAAGAAGCAGAGUUUGUCAUCUCACUUCUGAACAUAGCAGCUAUCUUUGACUUCACCAAAGAACUCCAGGACUUCAUCCUGCAAGACUUACAGGAUAACUACACAGAAGACAGCUUGACGUGGGACUUCAUGGCCAAGAGGGAGCUGGAGGCCCCGGGGGCCGGGGAGGAGCUGCACACCGCCAAGGGCCGCGCCUCGGAUAUCAACCGCAGAGAGGAGCGCUGCUGCCAGGUGUAUGAGGAGGGGGUCAAGAGCCUCAACACCGAGCCCAUGUGGACUUGCUAUGUUGCCUUCUGCUGGGGGAGGCUGAAGAGGAAGACCAACGUCCAAGAGCUGAAGGAAAAGAGGAAUGAGAGGCAGCUGGGAGUGCUGCAGCGUGCGCACGACUCUUCACUGCUGAAGGAGGAGUUUUACACCACCUGGUUGAAGAUCCUGCUCUCAUCUGGAGAUGAUGAGGGAGCGGCCAGCGUUGCCAUGGCUGCCACGCAGCGCUACAGCAAAUCAGUGUCAGUGUGGAGCCUGAGUCUGCGGACGCUCAUGCAACUGGGGAGUGGAGAUGUGGGCAGGCUAUUCCAGGAGGCUCUCACACACACCAAUCCCAAGGAGAGUCUUCCUCUCUGGCAGCUGCAGGUCCAGUGGAGCGUGGCCAACCAGAGUCCUGAGGAGACAGAAGCUGUCUUUAAGAGAGGUCAGCUGUCUGCAGUAUCGGCUGUUUCCAUGGAGAUGAAAGAGAGCUACCUAGAUUGGUCAUUCUCCACCGGAGGCUACAAGAAAGCAAGGAAGGCCUUUACAAGCUUACAGGAAAAUCGUCCCCUGUCCAAGGCCUUUUUCACCACAAUGAUUAAUAUUGAGAAGGAACAAGAAACUCCAAAGAUGAACUUUCUGAGGGACUACUUUGAGAGGGCCCUGCAGGAGUUUGGUACCUCAGAUGAUGAUCUGUGGCUGCAGUACAUCCAGGAGGAAAUGGGAACCUUUGGUCAGCCAGAGAACAGUGGCAAGAUCCACUGGAGAGCCAUGAAGUUCCUGGAGGGGGAGAGCGUGGAGAGGUUCACCUGCAGGUUUACUCUGAUGCAGACUGGACACUUAUGAGUCAACUAAAAAGGUCCAAGUAGUGUCGUAAGUUCCCAUAGCAACAGCCAGUGUUCAACAAUUGUGUAGAAGUUUAUCAGCAGGGUCAUGGUUGGUGCUAUGACCAUCUAUGAGUUGUUUCAUUGCCUUCAGGCCUGUUGAAUAUUCUUCAAUUGUUCCAGCAUUGUUGGGUAACAUGUUCUUGAAAGGGCAGUUGUAUUUUGCAGCUGUAAUUUAAAACUUUCCAUUUACGACAGUUUGUUACCACAUUUGAUACCAUACUGAUGUUGGUAGCAUGUAAUAUGGUAAGGAUGUCCAUUUUUAUAGAGUUCCACAUUUAUUUGAAAUGUUGUGAAGCCAACUUUGAUGCUGUUAUGAUAUUAAAACAGUCUUUCAAUA